UCCUCUCUGUUAACACAAACAAAUACAACCUCAAAUCAAGUAACGCCGUCUUCAAGAAAUUUGUUUUAUGUUGUAAGUGAUCAGGUUAAUUCAACCACAGUUGGACCACUAAAUAAUAGCAUGGUAACUCCUUCAAUGUCUGUAACUAAUUCUACUGUGAACAUAAUAAACACAACGCCAAAUUCUCAACUAAACACAAGUUCCCCCUCAAAUAUGACAGGUUCAACAACAGCGUUACCUACACUAGCUACCAUUUCUACCCCACAAACUUUAAAUACUUCUUCAACUGGAGGAGGUCUUCCACUAGCUAACAACCUUGUUUUACAAAUGGGUGGAGCCUCUAUUAUGAGCGAUCAAGCAGGAAAUGUUUCUUCUACAAUCUUAACUACAAAUACAACAACUCAAGCUAUAGUUAAUUCAACAGGAAAUUCCUCUACAAAUUCAAGCAGUUUAAAUCCAACAAUUACAGCAACACAAAAUUCUGUUAUAAAUUCUUCUAAUUCGACUACUCAACCAACUUCAGCUACUAACUCAUCCACAAGUUCGAACACAACAACUCCAUCGACUAUAGCAUCACAAAAUCUAGGAUCAAGCUCAUCCACAAGCAGUACAACUUCAGCGAAUAUUUCGUCAAAUAGUUCAACAAGCUCAAGCAGUACAACUGCAACGACCAGUUCGUCAAAUAAUUCAACAAGUUCGAACAGUACACCUGCAACUUCAUCUAAUAGUACGAUGAGUUCAAGCAGUACAACAGCAGCAAAUAAUUCGUCAAAUAGUUCAACAGGUUUAAGCAGUACAUUUUUAACGACACAACCAUCUAUUAGUUCUAAUAAUUCAACAAAUUCAAACAAUGUAACGGUUCUAGCCCCUACUAUUCAGACAACAACAAUGAGCGCUGUUAUAUCAAUCGGGCUUCCAAUAUCUGCCAACAUUUCAAAUGCAAACGUUUGGGGAAUAAUGCAAAUCCCAACAGUUGGAGUAUUAAAUUCAACAAGUAUAACUCCUUUAGCCAAUUCCACAUCAACUAAUUCAAGCAGUACAGGGUCUCCGACAAAUUCCAAUGUCACAAUAAUUCUGGCAACAACACAAUCGACCAUAAAUUCUGUUACUAAUUCGACCUCCAAUUCAAGCAGUACAACGGUUUCAACGCAGACAAACACAAAUUCGACUAAUAAUCCGCCCUCUACUCAAAACAGUACAAAUGGAGUGAAUAAUUCAUUAACAAAUUCAAGCAGUACAACUUCAGCACCCACAGCAAAUUCAAGCAGUACAACUUCAACAACCAAAAUAAAUUCAACCAGUACAACUUUAGCAACGCAAAUAGCUACAAAUUCUGCAACUACUUCGUCCACAAAUUCAAGCAGUUCAGUUGCAUCAAACAGUACAACGACACCGUUACCAACAUCAACAACUAAUUUUUCCUCAAAUUCGAACAGUAUAGCCUCUCUUACUCCAUCCUCUUCUUCAUUAAAUUUAACGACUGCAAUGCCUGUGAAUGUAACAGCAAACGCCUCAACCCUUCAAACAACAACUAUGAGCGCUGUUUUAUCAAUCGGGCUUCCAAUAUCCUCUAAUAUUUCAAAUGCGAAUAUUUGGGGAAUAAUGCAGGUAUCUACAGCAGGGUUGGCUAACUCAACUGUGGCUUCCCUGACUAAUUCGUCUACAAAUUCAAGCAGUACAUCUUCUACAACUACAAUUCCUUCAACAAACUCAAGCAGUAUUGCUUCAUCAGUCUCUAAUUCGACCUCUAUUUCGACAAAUUCAAGCAGUACUAAUCUAACAUCAACCCCGACAAGUGCAGCUACAAAUUUGUCUCCAAAUCCGAGCAGUACAGCUGCUGCAACUACUGCUAUUCCAUCAACUGUCAUUUCAGUUACAGGUUCCUCCACAAAUUCAGGAAGUAUUUCCGCAACUCCAAGUACAAACCCUUCAACAAAUUCAAGCAGUACAUCUGCUGCAACCAUGUCAAUACCAACUUCUUUCACCCCAACCACAAAUCAAACUUCAAUUAUUAAUAUAACUAAUGUGACCACAACUAAUAAUUCUUCGAUAAAUUCAAGCAGUACUUCAGUUCCUCCUACCACCAGAGUAAUCGGUGAACCAUUGGCCCCUAGUAAUGGGUCAAAUAUUUUUGGCAUAAUGCCAAUUUUAACAACCAUUUCGCCCACAACCAUGAGCGGAAACUCUUCAGUAACAAACGCGACAAAUUCUAAUAAUACUACAACCGGACCAAUUAAUAUAGCAACUACGGCUAUGCCUAGUUCCAAUACUUCAUUAAUUAAUCAGUCGUCAGCUUCAAGCAGUACAUCUAAUUCAACUACAAUUUCGCCAACUACAGCAAUGCAAGUUACCAAUUCGACAACAAGUUCUAGUAUAAUAACAACCACAAAUGCAUUAAUUCCUGCUAAUAAUUCCACAAGUUCAAGCAGUCCAGGCAUAGCAACUACAGCUAGCUCAGUUAUAAAUCCGACAACAAAUCAAACCAGUAUUGCGGCCACAACUGCCAAUUCUUUGACAAACUCCUCAAUAAACCCUUUGACAAACUCCUCGUCAAAUUCGAGCAGUACACUCCCAUCUAUGUCUACAGCUAUUUUACAGACAACUACAAAUACAAUGGCUAUUGGUGUUCCAUUAAUUUCUAGUAACUUUUCAAACAUUUGGGGUAUUAUGCAGGUGCCAACAACUACACUUCUACCUGUUACAAAUUCUUCAGCAAAUUUAAAUAGUACAUCGGCUACUGUAUUGUCAACAGUUUCUUCUGGCAAUUCAAGCAGUGCAGCUGCUGUGACCACACCUCUACCAAUAACAUCUUUGCCAGCCACAACUUCGUCUUUAAAUUCAAGCAGUACACCAGUUAACAAUACUACAGGCAUACCCGCAACGUUGAUAAGUUUGAGCAGUACAGCUGCUGGAAAUACUGUUAUGCCAGUUACAAAUUCAACCAGUAUAUCUGGAAAUACAAUUUCGCCAACAAAUUCAAGCAGUACACCUAUUGCAGCUGCAAUUUCACCCUCGAAUUCAAACAUUACAACUAUUGCAACUACAAAUUCACCCACAAAUUCAAACAAUACACAAACUAUAACUACAAUUUCGUUCACAAAUUCAAACAGUACAACUAUUGCAACUACAACUCCUACCAGAAAUUCAAACAGUACACCUAUUGCAACUACAAUUUCGUCAACAAACUCAAACAUACACAAACUAUAA